CUCAAUAUUAUUAUUUCCCUCUUACAUAGAAUCAAAUUCCCCUACAUCAACCCCACUUUAACAUACUUUACUUCUCUUUAGCUUAUACAUUUUUUUUUUAUAAAACCUUUGUUCUAUUCCACAAAAAAUCAUAUAAAUUUUUUUAAAAAAAAUGAUUGGUAAAAAUAAUUCCAAUCACCUUCCUCCUGGAUUUAGGUUUCAUCCAACAGAUGAGGAAUUAAUCAUAUAUUAUCUUCAAAAUCAAGCUACAUCAAGGCCUUGUCCAUCUUCAAUCAUCCCUGAAGUUGAUGUCUAUAAGUUCGAUCCAUGGGAAUUGCCUGAAAAAGCUGAAUUUGGAGAAAAAGAAUGGUAUUUCUUCACCCCUCGUGAUAGAAAAUAUCCAAAUGGUGUUAGGCCAAAUAGGGCAGCUGUGUCUGGUUAUUGGAAAGCCACAGGCACAGAUAAAGCUAUAUAUAGUGGAACAAAAUAUGUUGGUAUUAAAAAAGCUCUUGUGUUUUAUAGAGGAAAACCACCUAAAGGUAUCAAGACUGAUUGGAUCAUGCAUGAAUAUAGAUUGAGUGAAUCAAGGACUCAACCAAUUAUUACUAGGCCAAAUGGAUCCAUGAGGUUGGAUGAUUGGGUGCUUUGUAGAAUUUAUAAAAAGAAGAAUUUGGGAAGAGCUAUAGAGAUGAUGAAAGUUGAAGAAGACACACAACAAUCUCAAAUAAUGAGUGUUAUUAAUCCUAUUGAAGUUGUGGCUUCUAAUGGACAACAAACAAUGAAACUACCAAGGACUUGUUCACUAUCUCAUUUAUUAGAAAUGGAUUAUUUUGGGUCAAUUUCACAACUAUUUGAUGACAAUAAUUCAUACAAUACUAUAAGCCAAAAUAAUACAUUAAUGACCAAUGGAUAUGUUGGGCCUCAUCAAGCCAUGGAGAUAUUUCAACUAGGGGAAGUGUCACAAAAUAACUCUAAUAGCUUCUUCAAACAGCCAAUUUUUGUGAAUCCAUCCUUUCAAUUUCAGUGAGAAGGCGG